CGCGCGUCCACUUCCGGCAGCGGCCAGUGGCCCGGAAGCGGCGACCGGCGAAUCCCGCGGCGCCAGGUGUAGGCGGCUAGAGCAUGCAGGGCGGUCAGCGGCCCGCGCGAGGCGCGUUCGUUCCCCCGCUACAGUGGCGGCGGCGCGCGGCGGCUCUAUCGUGAGCGGCGGCCCGGGCGGCCGGCUGCGGGGGGCGGGCAGGGCGGCGCGCUUGGCCGGCGGACCGCGGCGCCAUGUGGAGCGGCCGUAGCUCCUUCACCAGCCUGGUGGUGGGCGUGUUCGUGGUGUACGUGGUGCACACCUGCUGGGUCAUGUAUGGCAUCGUCUACACUCGCCCAUGCACCGGCGACGCCAACUGCAUCCAGCCGUACCUGGCGCGGCGGCCCAAGCUACAGCUGAGCGUGUACACCACUACGCGGUCCAGCCUUGGUGGCGAGAACAACGUGGACCUGGUCUUGAAUGUAGAAGACUUUGACGUAGAGUCCAGAUUUGAAAGGACAGUUAAUGUUUCUGUACCAAAGAAAACACGAAACAAUGGGACGCUGUAUGCCUACAUUUUCCUGCAUCAUGCUGGGAUUCUGCCCUGGCAUGAUGGGAAGCAGGUGCACCUGGUCAGUCCUCUGACCACCUACAUGAUCCCCAAGCCAGAGGAAAUCAAUCUGCUCACAGGGGAGUCUGCUGUGCAGCAGCAGAUUGAAGCUGAGAAAAAGCCAUCGAGCGCCCUCGACGAGCCUGUCUCUCACUGGAGACCCAGGCUGACACUGAACGUUAUGGUGGAUGACUUUGUCUUCGAUGGAUCCUCGCUCCCUGCCGACGUGCACCGGUACAUGAAGAUGAUCCAGCUGGGGAAGACAGUUCACUACCUUCCCAUCCUGUUCAUUGACCAGCUGAGCAACCGUGUGAAGGACCUGAUGGUCAUCAACCGCUCCACCACGGAGCUGCCACUCACUGUGUCCUAUGACAAGAUCUCGUUGGGGCGGCUGCGCUUCUGGAUCCACAUGCAGGACGCUGUGUACUCCCUGCAGCAGUUCGGGUUUUCAGAGAAGGACGCUGAUGAAGUGAAGGGCAUUUUUGUGGAUACCAACUUGUACUUCUUGGCCCUGACCUUCUUUGUUGCAGCUUUCCAUCUCCUUUUUGAUUUUCUGGCGUUUAAGAACGACAUCAGUUUCUGGAAGAAGAAGAAGAGCAUGAUUGGAAUGUCCACCAAGGCAGUGCUCUGGCGCUGCUUCAGCACUGUGGUCAUCUUCCUGUUCCUGCUGGACGAGCAGACAAGCCUGCUGGUGCUGGUCCCAGCUGGCAUCGGGGCCGCCAUCGAGCUCUGGAAGGUGAAGAAGGCCUUGAAGAUGACUGUGGUCUGGAGAGGGCUGAGGCCCAUGCUGCAGUUUGGCACCUAUAGUGAGUCUGAGAGGAAGACUGAGGAAUAUGACACGCAGGCCAUGAAGUACUUGUCCUACCUUCUGUACCCUCUGUGUGUCGGGGGUGCUGUCUACUCACUCCUCAACAUCAAGUACAAGAGUUGGUAUUCAUGGCUCAUCAACAGCUUCGUGAAUGGGGUCUACGCUUUCGGCUUUCUCUUCAUGUUGCCCCAGCUGUUCGUGAACUACAAGAUGAAGUCGGUGGCACACCUGCCCUGGAAGGCCUUCACCUACAAGGCCUUCAACACCUUCAUCGACGACGUCUUUGCCUUCAUCAUCACCAUGCCCACAUCUCACCGGCUGGCCUGCUUCCGGGACGAUGUGGUCUUCCUGGUCUACCUGUACCAGCGAUGGCUUUAUCCUGUGGAUAGGAGCAGAGUGAACGAGUUCGGGGAGUCCUACGAGGAGCAGCCUGCUCAGAAGCCCCACGCAGAGUGAGCACCACAGUGUUGUCACAGGCAGGGCCCGCUCUCCACGAGUAUUCCUGGAAGCUUUGGGAAGUCCUGACGCCACCUCUUCCGACUUGCCAAAUCCCUCUGGGUGUCGGAACCUCCGGAGCUCCUCUGCCUUUGGGAGGCGGCCGAAGCGCCAGGGUGUCCGAGCCACCCUGAGCCUGUGUCCUGGCACAGAGGCGCUGGCGGUCCCGCGGUGCUCAGGCAGGAGCCCUGGGGGCUGCGUUGGCCUCCUGGUGUCUCCCACCCCUCCCGCCCCCACCCCAGACACUGGAGCCCUCGGAGGCAGGAGGAGGUGGGACUUCCAUUUCGGUUGUUUGAAGUGCUCCUUACGUGAAGCUCAGUGCAUACGGAAAGUCAUUCCACAGACUCUGGGAUCAAAUGGCUUUUUCCUUUUCGUUGAAAAAUUGUUUUAAAUCUUAAUGUAUGUAUGUUUCUAUUUUAAAAUAAAUCUCUCUGGCUGUGA